AUGGGCUUUGAUGAUCCUCUCUCAGCACAGGAGCAAGUGUACAUCCUUUAUGAAAUCAAACUUCAGUGCUACCAGAACCUCUCCAACAUCGACCAAGGGUCCACAGGUGAUGUGUGCCCGCCAGACUGGGACGGACUUAUAUGUUGGCCCCAAGGAUCCCCUGGGCUGGUUACCAAGGUUCCCUGCCCCUCUUACAUCUAUGACUUCAAUCACACAGGACAUGCCUACAGGAAGUGUGAUGUCAAUGGUUCCUGGGUGUUUGUGGAGCGUUGGAACAAAACAUGGAGCAGCUACUCAGAGUGUCUGCGCUUCCUUCAGCCCCGAGAAGAGGAAAAGAGACAAGACUUCUUCGAGCGGCUGUAUGUCAUGUAUACCAUCGGCUACGCAGUGUCCUUCAGCUCCCUGCUAGUGGCCUUCUUCAUCAUCGGAUACUUCAGGCGUCUCCACUGCACAAGAAACUACAUCCACAUGCACCUGUUUGUUUCCUUCAUGUUACGGGCGGUCAGCAUCUUCACCAAGGACAAAGUCGUCCAUACGAGCGCCGGGUUGCAGGACUUUGACUCAGCCCUUUUGGACAAUUUGAAAACAGUUCGCAUGGCAUCACUGGACAAGUCCCAGUAUAUCGGCUGCAAGGUGACAGUGCUGCUCUUCAUCUAUUUUCUGGCCACCAACUACUACUGGAUCCUGGUUGAAGGCCUCUACCUCCACAGGCUCAUCUUCAUGGCCUUCCGAUCAGACUCUAAAUACCUCUGGGGCUUCACACUUGUCGGAUGGGGUGUCCCAGCAGUUUUUGUGGCAGUGUGGGCGAUUGUCAGGGUGACACUAGCCGAUGCCAGAUGUUGGGAGUUAAGUGCUGGUAACAUUAAGUGGAUCUACCAAGUUCCCAUCCUGACAGCGAUUGCGCUCAACUUUGUCUUGUUUGUGAACAUUGUGCGAGUGCUGGCCACUAAAAUUCGAGAGACAAACGCAGGGAGAUACGACACCAGGAAACAGUACAGGAAACUGGCAAAGUCCACCCUCGUCCUGGUGCUGGUGUUUGGCAUCCACUACAUCGUCUUUGUGGGGAUGCCCAACACGUUUGAUGGACCGAGCUGGGAGGUCCGCAUGUACUGUGAGCUGUUCUUCAACUCCUUUCAGGGUUUCUUUGUGUCCAUCAUCUAUUGCUACUGUAAUGGUGAGGUCCAGACAGAGAUCAAGAAAACGUGGACACACUGGAAACUGGCCUUUGAGUGGGAGGGCCCGGUGGUCUGCGGCCGCUACCAAUACGGCUCCGUGGUUGUCGGACUGAACAACAACAGCACCAGCAGUCAGUCCCACCUGGCGGGUGGUGCGCCCUCCACCCGCUCCACCACGCUCGUGUCGAGCCGCGUUUACCGGCGCACGGGCCCCCCUGUGGUCAGCAUGCACGCCACUCUGCCGGGUUACGUGAUCAGCAACUCGGACCCCUCCAUACCGGAGGAACCCGAGGACAGUGGUCCAAAGCGGGUGGACGACAUCUCGCUGAAGGAAAAUCUGCCUGUUCUAAUCACGAGCGCAACAGCCGAGGAUGAGGAGGAAACGCUGUAGCAGUCAUCCAAUGUCAAGAGAGGCUUUAGAGACUGAUGGACAUUUCAUUGCAGGGGGGGUCGAAGGCAAACAAAGUUUGACCGUGUACAAGAAAUUGAAAAAAAUGUCUUGAACCUGAUGAAUUUAUGGAAUGGACUUUAAAUACUUAAUCGCGAAUAAGUAAGUAAGCAGCCACAGUGUCUGGAUAUCACCAGUGGGCGUGCUAAAAUCAGAACUUCUUCUUUCAAAUUCAGAGGAAAACACGCUCAUGGUCAUGGUGAAAAAUUAAAAGUAAUAAAUAUCGAGCGAUCGUCUGGCACACGCAGUGAACCUGAGCUGCUGGUGUUGAAAGCAAAAUCUUGUUCAUUCUCAAUGCUGGCUGUUAUCGAUCGCCAAUAAAAAUUGUUUGCGCGUGAGCAUAAUUUUGUUGGAGACAAGAGUGUGAGGUGCCACACAAAUGCAGCUUACUCAAUCAAAAAACUGUGAAAGUCUGAUUUCAGCAUUUUCUGCUGUUUCCUUGAUUGUAUUAAACAGGAGUGCGUCGCCUGACUAUAACGAUAAGCCGGGGAGAAGUAGGGAAAAAAGUACACAAACAGAUGAAACAAAAACAUAACUAGAAUUACCACCUCCCGGUUGUAUGCCUCCGCCAGCCAGUCAAGUUGCAGUUUACAUCCAUGUCUGACCAGGACCCGACUCAUAUAUGCAGUGAAGAGAUAAUUUCACUUAGUAAUAGGUAGUAUUGUUUUUUUUUUUUAUUAAGAGGUAUUAAUUCUCAAGUAAUGGCCAGAAAUUAUGUUGUGAGAUCACUGACCUUUGACCAACAUAUUCUAGCCAGGUCAGUCCAAAAUGAAAGUGACUUUGGACUAAUGUGAAGACAUUUCCUCAAGGCAUUCUUAGGGAUAUCAAGGUUGUGAGUUAAAAAAAAGAGGUGUUCUGAGAUAUCACAUCAACGCAAGUGGGAUAGACGACCCCAAGAAAAGCCCAAUGCCCCAGCUGACGCCAGCGAAGAGGCAUAAAAACAAGUGAAAAGAAAAUGGCGGCAGAACCACCAACCCGGACAGCUGUAGAAUAAAAGUAAUCUCUUGGAGUGAUUUGUUGAAACUCGUAGUGUUCACAUAAUUUGUCCAUACAGUAGGUGAAUGUACAACAUUUCUUUCACCCAGUCCAAAAGAACAUUUUCAGUAAUUCACUGGAGUUAUUUAACCGCCCUCAAGUGAGAGGACAACACAUCCUGAUGUGAAAUCUUUUUUUUGUAUGUCGGUGAACUACUGUAAUGUAAUGCUUGCUCGUCAGCCGUCGCCGCAUUUUGUGAAGAGAACCCUGCUCCCCAUGGAACUAACUUUUGCGACUUCAGACUUAGGUGAAAAUGAAAAUCGAAGAUCACUAACUUUCCAAGAGACGCAUUGAUGUGCAAGUUGCGCACAGAUGAUUUUUUUAUACUCACUAUAUAAUGCCAGGUUUACCACUUCUUAGGAAAGCCAUGGAAAUUGUACAGGCAGCAUUAAAAUCCUGAAUGCUUCUAUUAUUGACAAUCCCGGAUUGUGCUCACUGUGAAGGGCUGCACUUACUUGGUGGUAGCUGAAUGGUUCGAUGUCCUCGUUGUGCAUGUUUUUCAGUGUUGUUCGUGUGCCUCGUGCACCAGCCGAAGCUUUAAAAACCGAAUCUGAAAGGAGUCUUUGUAAUCUUCUCUGUCCAUGUACUAAGUGCAGCCGUUUUGUUUUUUUUCUCCCUUCUGUGAUAUUUGAUUGUGACUCUCUCUCCUCUCUGUCCCUUCUC